AUGGGACCAGCAGGCUUGACCAUUAGAGCAAAUAUGGAUUCAGAAGAUCUAACUAAAUCAAGAGUAGAGUCGUUCCUGAGACUAGCUGGAGAACUGAUCCCUGUUGCAAAAUCUUCCUUGAGAGAUGAGGAUGAGUCAAGUAAAUUGAAGUUCAAUAAAAGAUAUUGCCUCAUUGGAGAUGGCAUUGGAGACUUAAUAUCUGUUUGUGCCUACUUUGAAGCUGAGCUAUGGAUAGGAUGGAGAGUAAUGAAAGGCACAGGAUUCUAUGAUAAGGAUUUUACCAUCGAGCCCUAUUCACAUUUUAAAGUAAGGUUCAACUUUUCUGCAUCAACAUAUCCAGCAGAAAUUGCAUAUGAAGGAGCUUUGCAACUGUUUGACAUUAAACUCCCAUUAUCCUUAUCAUAUGGAUAUGAUUACAUGUGCCUUGGAGCUGUAUUCUUUUCUCAAGGAUCAUAUUUAGAAGCUUUUGCAAGAACAAAUCUGUUGCAAUGCCAAAAAUCUAUUAGAAACAGUAGCCCUUGGGAUUGUGACAAAGUAUUAGCCACGACAUCAAAUUGGACAAAGAUAAGAUUGAUCAACCCAAUGUUUCUGGAUAUAGAUAACUAUCUCUGCAUUUCACUAUAAAUUUGCUUGACUUAAGC